AUUUGUAUAUAUUUAUUAUGCGAGAAGGCCUAAUUGAAAGAUCCUGUCCUUGGCUAGUAAUAAUAAGUAAUGAAAUAAAAUGACAGUGGAUUAUUUUAUGUGUUGUUUUUUUAACAGUUUAGAAUUAGAUAAUUUCGGAAGUACUUUUAAAAUUAUAAUAUUUUGUUUUAGGCACGACAUAUUUGUUUUCCAUAUCUUUGUCAAAAACUACGAUCUGUUUGUUAUUGUAUAACUAAUAAUUAUCUCUUAACAUUUAGAAAGUUUCGUUUCACUGAUUAUAAAGUAUUUAUGCUGAAAUAAAAUUUAAUCUAAAUGAGUUGGUGAAAGUGUAAGCAUUAAUAUGUGUACGAAAAUACGUGGACUUUCAUAAGGCAGCCGGGAGGGGUUGCUGUCGCUGUGUCCACAGAUGUCUUUGACGAUACAGCAGAUUAUUCUUGAUGCAAAGCGCUUAGCGGGCCGGCUGAAGGAACAGGAUGCAACUGCGGACUCUCUCUUGUCACAAACCCAGUCCGUGUACCGGGAAAUCGACGCCAUGAGACAAUACCAGGAGGAGGUGGGGGAGCUGAACGAGGCGGCGCGGCAGAGGCCCCACUCGGCGCUGGUGGCCGGCAUCCAGCAGGAGAACAGGCACCUGCGCGAGCUGCAGCAGGAGAACCGCGAGCUGCGAGCGGCCCUGGACGAGCACCAGAGCGCGCUCGAGAUGAUCAUGAGCAAGUACCGCCAGCAGGUGGGGCGGCUGGUGGCGGGCAGCCGCCUCGACCUGUCGGCCGUCCACGGCGGCCACUACGCCCAGGUGAUCCGCGACCAGGCGGACAAGAUCUGCGAGAUGGCGACGGUGAUGGAGCAGGCGGCGGCCAUCGACGAGAGCCGCUCCUUCAGCGAGCAGGAGCUCAUCUGCCGGCUCACCACCGAGAACAAGGGCCUGAGGGAGUUGCUGCAGAUCUCGUGCAGCUACGGCUCGCUGCGGGCGUCCCUGCUGGGGCUCGCCUGCUCCGACAAGGAGAGCCAGACCUCGGGCGCCGCCCCCGACGCCCCCGACGCCCCCGACGCCUCCUGAUGCUGCCGUCAUCCCUGCAGCUUGUGCCAUAGCCACCCACCCGUGUACGUUCGUUGAAAACUGUGUCAUAACUCAUUUUCUUCUUCCUUCUUUCUUAUAUCUUUAUACUUGAUCAACUUUGGACUGUGAAAUAAAUGUAAAUUAUGUACCAUCAAGAUUUAUACUGUCUUCAGUACUCUUUAGUGUUGGAUAAAUUACAAUUCCAUUAAUUUCAUCGGGAUCAAAGUUUUCAGAAUCUAAAUGUUUUGGAAUCAAAGCUGGUUGAUGUUUACCUCUUAGCAAAUUCUUGAAACUGUGAUUUUCUUAUUUUAAUGAAGGCAUUAAAGUAAAUUAAUAAUCACCUUGGAUCAAGUUUUUAUGUGCUGAAUUUUUUUUACUUGUGUUUUCAUGUUUAUGUUAUAAAAAAAGUGAAUUUUGUCAUUAAAAAUUUUGUUAUCGUUAAUCUGUGUUAAUACAAUUAGAAUAUGUAUAUAAAACAAUAUUGCUAAUAUUGGUGUUCACUUUUUAUAAACGGGAUAUAGGAUAUGCAAGAGUGUUUAUGUGCCAAAACACUAAAGGUUCAAACUUAGAUACUACAGUCAAACCUCAUUAAUACGAAUCCGCUUAGUACGAAAUUCCUGUUUAUGCGAAGUACUUUCACAGUCCCAGAAAAUAAAGUAUGAUUUCCUAUGUUAUUCAGUACUUUUAAUACGAAAUACGGUUAAUAUGAAUUACGAAGUUGUUUUGAUCCCUCAAGUAGCUGUUUACGUGUACAGUACAACCCUGUUAUAACAUUCUCCAAGGGACCAACUUAAAAAAAUGUUAUAAGCAGGAAAAUGUUAUAAGCAGGAAAUAAAAAAAUUACAUCUUCACUUUGUAUAAAUUACGCGUGGAUUGAUUAAAUUAAAGAGUAUAGGUAAAACAACACAAAGUACAGGAGUAAUACACUAAGUACAGCAAUAGUGGGAAAUUGGUGAAUUUUAUUUCUAGAUAAUACCUAAUAUUAUGCUAAAGAAAAAAUGUUUUAAACAUAAAAUAACUUGGAAUGAAAUUCCAGCUGCUUGUGAUUCACCUACUACAGUUACUUUGAAAAAUAAUUGGUGAUUUUAGUUUGUUUACUGUUUGUUUGAGCAACUUUCACUAAGUAGUCCUCAAUAUGCCACACAGAGCUCAUAAUACUGUCAGGUGUAUUGUUUUGUGCACCAACAAAUUUUUUCAAAGUAGUUAUAGCUUCGUAGGCUUUAAGUUGUGUAGGUACAACUUCAGGCUCAGCAUCUUCGUCAUCUUCGCCAUCUUCAUCUUCAUGCUCAUCUUGAUCUGAGAUGAUGUCACUUGUCAGAGUUUGACAAGCUUGUAGAUUGUCAUCAACCACAACAUACUCUUCAUAACUACCCUGGAAAUUGCAGACAGUCUGCAACAUUGCCCAUUCAUCUGCAGUUGGAGAGUUAUGUAUAGUUAGCAGGUCUGUAGAUGGAAUGUCAUCUGCAGCUGGAGAGUCGUCUUCGUUCAGCACUUCCACAGCAUUUGUAUCCGUUGUCACUGUUUUCUGGAUACCUGCUUUCCGAAAACAGUUGGCAACUGUCGUAGGCAAAACAGCAUCCCACGAAGCAGACAAAAAGUGCAUGGCAUCCAGAAUAUUAAUCUUUUUAAUAGGUUUCUUGGCCUCUACAAAUCGAAGAACUUUGUGGCACAAACGCUUCCUGAAACCCAUCUUAAAAACAUUAAUGAUCCCCUGAUCUAGAGGUUGAAGGCAAGAAGUACCUACUGUUAGCAGGCAAAAAUUCUAGUCUGAUAUUUCUCAAACUAACAUUUGGAGGAUGCGCAGCACAGUGGUCCACAAAAACCAGAAUCUUCCUAUUUCUGAGCCCCAUCUUAGCAUCAAGAAAGUGGAGGUACUGCUCGAAAAUCUUGCAGGUCAUCCAUGCAUUUUUGUUGUAGUCAUACCUACAAGGCAAGGUUUUGACAUUCUUAAAACAUCUUGGCUUUGCUGCUUUUCCAAUUACCAAUGGAGGUAACUUUUCUGUGCCAUCCAUGUUAGCACCAAGUAAAACUGUGACCCGCUCUUUGCUUCUUUUGCCACCAGUGCAUUUUUCACCUUUGAAUGAGAAGGUUUUGUCUGGUAACAAAUUGAAAAAUAAUGCACAUUCAUCUAAGUUGAAGAUGUCCCUUUCUUCAUAACUGUGUAACAAACUCGGCAAGACAUCAUUUUUCCAAGUGUUUACAGUGUCUGUAUUUACACUGGCACCCUCCCCACUUAUGGCACGAUAAACAAUCCCAGUUCUUUUUUUGAAUCUAUCGAUCCAACCAUUUGUAGCUUUGAAACCUUCAACUCCUAACUUCAAAACUAUUUCCUCUGCCUUUUGUCGUAAAAUAUUUCCAUUUAUAGGAACACUUGAUGCCCGCACUUGCUUGAACCAUUCCAACAGCUUGUCAUCAACGUCUUCGUGUUUCCCGUUUCUAAUUUUUUUUACCUUAACAGAUGUACCUACACUUUCAGCAAACAAUUUUUCACGAUUUUGUACAAUACAGUUCAGAGUCGAAACAGAAAUAUUUAACUCUUUUGCAAUAGCAACACGCGUUUUGUUGGGGUUCCUGUCCACUUGGUUUAUAAACUGAAUUUUUUCUGCAACAGAAUAUGAUUUUCGUUUAUAUUUAUCGGCCAUCUCAUCAUAGCCGUACAAUAACUUGAAAAAAAUUUCAAUACGGCGUAUUUUAAUUAAUUACAACCGUGACUACAAUAAGUAAGUGAAAAAAAAAUAAUUACAGUAAAGGUUAACCACAAACAAAAGCCGUGAAUAUAUCCAUAGAACAUUUAACCAGCUCAAGGUGUUAAAACUUUGAAACAAAAACCAGCACCAUAGAAUACAGUAGCACUGUUUCCGACCAUGUAUAAGUGCACAAAAUGUGCAUCAUAAGUAUAACGGAACAAGUCAUAGGCUAACGAGCGCGAACAGGACGCCAUAUUGAUAGUCGAUCCGGUGCAAGUUGUGGAGUGCGUGUGUACCAUGUCUAUGGUGAACACAAAUGUAAACAUCUGAUGUUUGUAUUUGCGUGCUGUAUUUUCUAGCUAUGGUUUUGCUUUAAAUUAUGACUGAAAAUUGUGGCAGUUAUCAAUGCAAAUUUGAACGUUAAAGGCGGGAAUGUAGAAAUUUUAAUAUUGUUACAGGCGGGAAAUUAAAGCAUUGUGGUAAAUGGAAAAAUGACGGGACCAUGAAAUUAUGGUGUUAUAGACGGGAAAAUGUUACAAACGGGAAUGUUAUAACCAGGUUGUACUGUAUAAGUAAACGGUUAAUACAAAUUUCACCGCCGAAGUCUAAAGUAAAUCACGUAUUCAUAACCGUCAUGUAAACAAACGUUUCUCCAAAGAUACAUGUAUGUAUCCUACAGCGCAAAAUGGUCGAAAAACAAGAUGAAAAGUUCAACUCUAGUGGCGAUGUUAGUAACUAAACUAGAAAAGAUGCCAUGUUGUAAACGGAAAACGAAAAGGAAAGAACUCUAUACCGUAUUAAUAGGGACAUGCAAAUUUCGCAUUUACGAUAAAACAAAUUUUUUUUGCGAAAUACGUUUGUUUACCACGAAUAACCACACUUUCCCGCCAUUUGGUAACUUAAAAAAAGUAAAUAAAUAGCCGUUGUCACCACUGAUAACACCAUCAACGUAAAGACUACACUUGUCAAUGUUUACGUUUCAUUAUUUAUUUGAUACGACGCGUUCUUGGCGAACUGCACUCGUGCACUAAACCCUCAUGUCUCGAAGGCACGUUUACAGAGUCAAAGAGUAAUGUACGGCCAUUUUGUUGGAUAUUUUGUGCGUUACAGCGCUUGUGUCGCGAAGCAAAUUAUAAAUUACGUACAACUGUUCAUCUUGCAUGUACUAUGGACUGUGCAAACUGUUUUAAUUUUGUUCUCUUACAGUAAACAAACUUAACAAUUACGUUUUAUGUUUAAGAAUGAUAAUUUUUGUUUAAAAAUGUUGUAUACAGUGCAACUAUUUUAUAAAAACUGUAGUUUGUGAUAGAAAACGUCUUCAUAUUUCUCAGCAUAGGUUUGAAAGUGUAAAAUAUGCCGAAACCUCAAGCAAUCACCAAACUUCGUGAGCGCGAAUUUCGUGAUAGUGGAUUAUAUGCGAGGGUAAAUACGUAGUUGGGCGAUAUGUGUUAAAAUUUUUUUUUUUAAAUCCGAAAAUACUUUAAUAACGAGGCUAGAAUACUGGAGCUAGCCAAACGCUCAUAUUUUGCAUAGUGAGCUUACCAAGGUGCAGCGCAACUUUGGAAACAUGAAGGAGUGCAUUUUUUUGACGAAACAAAACAAGUUUUGGACCACAUGAAUACUACGAAAGCAGCUGCUGUGAAAAUAAGUGUAGUGCAAGUGUCUACAAAAUCUCUGGUGAAGCUUACCAGCUUGAUGGCUACAGAUCCAAGCAGACUUGACUUUGAAACACUGACUGUCUUUAAUCCAAAAAAUAUUUUGAUUACGUAGAUGAGCCCUAUUUUGCUUGCUAAGUUGUGUAAAGUUUCUACUCUGAAAGAAAUGGACCGCCAGGAGCUGAUCACCGGUUUUGGAGAGUUAAAACAGAUAGUUGAGAAACAAAUGAAGGAAAGCAGUGUGGAUGUAGUGGCACUUCAAGUUUUAAAACUUUCACAACCUGAAUUUUCUGACAAGUGCCUGGAAGCAGUGUGGAUGUUGUGUGCAAACGUUGAUUCGGAACGCUUCUUGUUACAAUACAAUAAUGUUCUCACUGACAAGAGAACUAAUUUGAAACAAGAAAAUUGAGCUACAAUGGCUAUUUUUUCAUUUGAAAGUUAAAUGUUGUGUCAAAGUACUUUGGUUCUGAAAUUAUUGGGUUGACUUAAUUUAGAAUCUGAGUUCUUAAACUUGUGUCUUUUUAACCUAUAUUUGUGUAAUUUUAAUUUAUAAUGUUUCAAUUGAUGGUGCAAUUAUAUUACAAUGUUCUCUUCAUAUUUCUUACACUUGAAAUUGUAAAAAUAAAAAAAAUAAUAACCCCACUUUUAGGUAAAACUAACAUCGCUUUUAAGGGAAAAUAACACCACUUUUCAUCACAAAAUAAACACACCUUUUGCAUGUCUCUACGUAUUAAUAUUAGUCGUCGGAAGUGUACAUACGUAGAAGUUUAAACAAUCUAUGGAAAAAAGUUCUGAUAUUUUCCAUUGUUCACGCACGUGUAUCUUAACAUCAAUUUUGAGUGUUAGUUGUUUUGUAAUAUGACUGCGAAACGUAAACGCAACGAACUUACAUUGCAAGUUAAAGUUAAAAUUAUCGAAGAAGUAGACAAUGGAGAGAGAACGAAAACUGAAAUUGCUAGAGAAUUUAACAUCCCGCAAUCGUCGUUGUCGACAAUACUAAAAAAUCGUGAAAAGAUUGAAUCGGCUUUUGCGAUCAACAAGAAAAAGAAUGUGAGGCCCAAAACAUCAAGAAAUGGAAGCUACCUUGUUGCAGUGGUUUUAAGAUAUGCGUGCAGCAAACUUGCCAAUUUCUGGACCUAUGAUUCAGAAGAAGGCAGACUACCUAGCAUUGAGGUUAGGAAUUUCAGACUUCAAGUUCAGCAAUGGUUGGCUACAACGGUUUAAGGAUCGCAACAAUCUUGUUGGCAAAACUAUGUGUAGGGAGUCGGCAGCAGUAGAUACGACCAAAGUUAAAUGUGGUAAACAAUGCCUAUAAGAAAAAGAUAGUGCAAACCAGAAUUUAUGCUUUUUUUAAACCAAAUGUUUGAAUAGAAAAUGUGUCAUGAAUGCAAGUUUAUUGAAGUUUGUAUUAUGAUUUAUUCUGUAAGUAUUGCAUUGUGUUUAUUUUCUUCAGUGUUUACAUUUCGUCAUGCAUGUAGUGAAACCAGCUUAUACUACCAACGGUGUGUAUUUCAAUCAAUUUUUUUUUGUCAUGAUAUCCCAAUAGUUUGGUUAAUACAAACCCUCGUUAUUACAAAGUGCUAAAAUUAUGGUCCCUUCAGGUUUGUAAUAAUGAGGUUUGACUGUGUGUAUUAACAUAGUCCACUUGAUGGCACGUGGUACCAAAUCCAAAAUACUAACUUUCAUUAAACAUACGGAAUACUGAAGUGGUGUGGAUGGCCGCAUUAACUGAUGACCUCACAAUGUUGCCCUUCACUAUUCAUCAGCAGGAAAAACAAGAAUUUUGGCAUAAAUAAAAUGCAUUAAAAGAUCUACACCACCUUCACAAGAGAAAAUUUAUAAAACACGUAACUUUGGGGCUUAAAAUUCAUACUGGGCAUUUGCUCUAGUACAUGCGUUAGUACGAAUUAUGCAUUACCGUGUUUACCCGCAGAAGGGUUGCCCCUGUGUAUGGGUCACAAAACCAUAUAUCUGUCUUCACUAGAGUUCUGUGGAUACAAGUUAAGUUUUCCUUUUCUCAGCUGGUUGGUAGGUAAGAUUGACCCUCGGCUCUUCUUUGUCUACAACCCACCCAAUUGCCUCACUUCCUAACAAGACAAAGGAGAAGACUGCUAUUUUUAUACCUUUGUUCCCCUUUCCUUCAUUGUAUUUUAUAUUUUUACUAGUGAUGGUUCGAAUCCCAUUUUUCUCGAAUCCGAAUCUCGAAUCCGAAUCCCAAACAGUACCUCGAAUCCGAAUCCAGAUUUCAGGGGUGUAAAAUUUAAUUAAUAAGGAAGGGGGGGGGGGGGGGGUGAAAGGGAAAAAACAUAAUGUGGAGAUAUUCAACCCUUUAAAUUUUUAUUUAAAAAAACAAGCAUUUUGACACGUUCUCGAUCCAGAAAAUUUCGUUUUUGGUCACAUAUGUUCCCUGCGGUGCUGAACAAACGUUCAGAGAACACUGUCGCUGGAGGUGAACACAAAUAUUUUUUCGACAGUUUAUGUAGCCUGGGUAAACAUGCAGACUGAGUUUUCCAAUACUCCAAGAUGUUUGUAUCUGGGUUAACUGUUGGAUCACGCAGGUAUCUGGUCACUUCAUCAACAGCUGUAGAAUCCGACUUGUUGGAUGCGAGGCGUUCAGGCAUUAUCUGCGAGUAAAGUGACCAUAUGCUACUUGAGGAACCAGUUUGAAUAGGUACCUGAUUAGAAAAUUGAAAGAAAUUACUAACAGAUAAAAAACAAACUGCAGAAAAAUUAACAAAACAAAGAGGACUACUUACCCCAUCUUGCACAACUCCACAAUGCUUAUGCAAGUCAAGCUUUUGUGCUGCUGUAGUGAGAAGUUCCACUGCCCUGUCAAGCUUUUCCUUGCUUGUGAACACAGCUCCUUUAAAUCGAGGAUCAAGAAGUGUACUUAAAACAUACACUUCUUCUUCUUCUUCUUCUUCUAGUGUCCUAUAUCUUUCUGUCAAGGAUGCAAAGAGAUCCUUCUUCACACCCUGAAGACCUGAAAGUACAGGUGCAGGUUUCUUUAACUCUUGUAGCAGACUGUUAACAAUGGGUAUGAUUUCUGAUGAAUUAACACCAGCCUUACUUGCUUGCAAGGUAGCUUGGUCAAAUAUUUUCAGAAUAGGUAUUAUGUUUUCAAUUAGUUCCCACUGGGCCACAGAUAUUUUUACAUGCAAGGCAAGAUUGGUUGCUGCAAGAGCCAAAGCUCUCCGUUGCUCAUAUAGUCGCUCAAGCAUAUGCAGGAUUGAAUUCCAUCGAGUUGGUUCAUCUUGCACGAGCCUAUGAGCAGGUGAACCAACAGUUUUCUGGGCUUCUCUCAAUACUUUGGUUGCAUGGGAUGAAUGUUUAAAAUGUCCCACCAUGCGAAGACAUGCACCUGUUGCUGCAGCAACCAUUUUGCUGCUAAGAAGACCAUCUUUUAUUACUAACUGUAAAGUGUGUGCCAAGCAUGGGAUGUGAUUGAAACUGGACAAGUUCAAUGCAGCUACAACAUUCCUUGCAUUAUCUCGUACAACAGCAAACACUUUUUCAUUGAUUUCCCACUGAACCAGUGUUCUUGUCAGAAAACUGCAAAUGUUCUGUGCAGAAUGGGAGAUUUCUGGAAACGGUACCACCUCUAUACAUACAGCGAAACCCCUUAUUUACGUUACCGUUAUUUACGUUUUCCCGUUAUUUGCACUAUAUUCUUCAGGUCCCGUUUGGUUCCCAUAUAGUCCAAUACAAUACUUUCCCGCGAAUUACGUCUCAAAAAUCGAAUCAAUCCCGCUAUUUACGUCACGAACAACCAUAAACAACCAGAAAAUACCGUGGAGCUAGUAGGCAAUGAACAUUUUAAAUAGCAAAAUAUACAUAUUUUAUAACAUGAAAAGUUGCUUUUAUUUCUAAACAUGUAAUAAUUUAAGCCUAGGCGUGUAAAAGUACGAGUAAUUAUAGCAGGAGACAAUCUAAAAUGCACGAGGGAAAAACGUAAACUCAUGAAUGUACAAACAUGGCUGCUUGUAAGUUCUGAUACUGUAUUUAUGUCACAACUUAGCCGAAAUACUGGUACGAGACAUAAACUUCACAAGAUAAAAUGAGCGGUGUCUUGGUAACUGUUUUAUACGUCUUUUAUAAUUUGGGAAGUACAGUCAAACCUCUCUGAAACGACCCCUCACGGUUCCCAGGAAUAGGGUCGGAAUAGAGGGGGGGUCGUAAUAGAUGUUUUCCGAAAUUUUCAGUUGAUUUCAACCCCCCCCCCCCCCCCCCCCAACCCCUUUUCCCAAACCGCUACUCGCUAAGAAACCAGCCAUACAAUGGCAGGAUGCUGUCACUCACAAUGCUAGACGGCUGUGCUUUAAACCUUCAUGACAAGUCCGUCGCCCUACAGGCCACCUCUAAAGAAAAUAUGUCAAUAGACAGUUUAUUUUUACUGGUUAGAUUACAUGUACGAUUUCUUGCUUGCCGUAGUUAAAUACACUAGAACCCCGAUGUCACGAACCCCGGAUUUAACGAAGCAGUGAUUUUACGAAUACAUUCUCGAGAACCGUCAAAAAAUUGGACAUUUUGACCAAAAUGUGAAAAUCAGAAGAAAAAAAAUUUAAAACAAAACAAAAUGAAAGAUUAUUAAAAUCUGUUAACUUUAACACACAGCGUAUUUUUUGUGUCGGCUUUAAUAUUUCCAAUAAUGUUCAUGUGAGAAUAACAAAAAAAUAAUGGGACAUUUCCUUUAAAAAUACGGCAGCAGUAGCUUGUGCAACGUAAGUGGGAGCGCGGGAAUAUCGUCUAGACAGGCUGGCGGCAGCACAGGCGGCGGAUGCAUGACGUCAUACGGCUUACCUCUCCUUCCCUUGUCUAGACUUCAAGGUUCAUCCCUCCCAGGCAUACAAACCAUCGUGUCUCUCUCCCCCUCCUACUUCAACGUCCUUUGGCAUGUGAAACUGUCAACAUCCUUCCUCACCUUCACCAAACUGUGUGCGACUAAAGCCAGGUUUGUAUAGUCCAGUUCUGAUAAAAUGAAAAAUUUUUAAGGGCCCCCGCGACAGCCAUUUACCGUUAAUUGUUUUGAUACAAAUUGUUUGUUAGUUACACAACAUUAUUUCUGAAGGAAAAUCACUGAAACUUCAAAAUUUAUUUAAUGGAAAAAUUUAGCAGGGCCGUAAAAGUAUUCAUUUUUGCCGCAAAUGAACUAUACUCGCCCUUCCUGCCGGACAACAUUCUCGGCGCGUGACGCAUGGCAACUACAGUCGUGUGCCGCGCACAGCCACGAAAAACCUACGCAAUUUCCAAACUAUACUAUAUAUCCGACUGGAGUCUGUUUACGAAAAGCAUUUAAGAAUUUGUUAAUGGUUCUUUUGAGAUAAAAUGGCUAAAAGACAUGUUUUCGAAGUUUUAGGUGUAAAAAACCCGUUACAAAUUUCUUGAAAGUAUCAUAGGGAAAUGCAUUACACCUUUAUCUUUAUUUUUCCGCCAUAUAAUGUUAUGGUCACCGCUCAAAUUUCACUGUUAUCUGACGGGAACGAGAUGACUGCGCGCCAGUUCAGAAGCCUUGCACUUAGAGGUUUUACCGCGCUAGAACUACCAUUGAGCGUCGAUCUUAUCAUCCCGCUUCACUAACACACACGCUGACCAGACGGCGCCCUAAAGCUGAUUAGAGGAAGCAUGUAGAAAUGCAAGGCAGGAAAUUUUUCCAGCUUAUCAACCAGGACCCGGGCAAGUCUUGACUAUUAAGCUUUUCACAUUAAAAUAUAAGAGACUUGUAUUGUGUAAUUUCGGUGUUAUUUAGCGGUUUUUCUUAAAAAUCGCUUUUUUCGCAUUUUCCAUAUAAAUUCGCGGAAAAUUUCGCGAUUUCGCGAUUCACCAUAUAAUCGUGGCCCUAGUUAUUGCUCGCGCGAGAGGAGAACGUGGAAUGUUAGAAGAAAGAUAAAUGCGGGGUAGACAGACGGCAGCCAGUGUGUUUCCUGCGCGGGGAAUAAGUGGCGUAGCCUUUUUUUUUAUGCUGGGUGAAGCGACCUUUUUCUAUCAACCCACGGGAAAAAUUAAUUGCUUGAGCUGUCAAAAUAAACAUCGCUGCGGCAGUUAAAACAAGUCGAGGCGGGCGUGCAUCCAGUCGGUUGCUGUGUAUUGUCAACCGAUAGUAAUCAAAAUCAAGAGAAAUCCAGCAGGUAGCUUUGCCUUAACUGCGUACCACACUAGACACUCGCAAUAAGCUAAACGUAAACACGUUGCCACAAAAACCUUUAUCUGCACCCUGCCGACAAAGGGACGUGGAAUGGGGGUUGUUAAGCGCUGACAGCGGUCGACAGGAAGCACUCGGCAAGAGAAACGCAGCAACACGUUACUCACCACAAGAAACUUAUUUUCUGUCUGUUUAUCUUCGGAUUUUCGGCAAUUUUUUCACGGUUCCUCGAAAUCGGGUUGUAAUAGAGAGGUGGUCGCAAUAAAUGGGGUCGCAACAAAAAGGUUUUACUGUAUUGUACAGUUGACGCCAUAUUUUUUAAACUAACCAUUUAUUUCUGGGGAUCGUAAAUAAUUAAUUAUUGGUAUCAAGACAUCAUGAUAAACGUAAACUUGAACAUGUCACGGCAGCGAGAAAACUGGUGCGUAUACCAAUAAACUGGUAUUAGAACUGGAUAAAAUUGGUACACGGGAGGUGGAGCUUAUAUUUUUUUCCGCUAAGCUCGCAUCUAUUGGUUGGCGGCUGAUGGCGUCAUGAGUCUGGGCGGAGCAUAGAGUGCGCAUGCGCCGCCGCGUCGUUACAGCAGCUGACCGAGUACAAUGACCUUUCUCCGCGUUUGGCGCGCUAUUGACGGUAAAUAUUCAUCAAUUUGCGGCCUUUUCUUAAAAAUUUUUUUACUGUGAGCAAUGUGUAUGUAGCCCGUAUUUGUUAUAAACCCUGCCGGUUGCAACUGUAUUUAUAAUUUGGAGAGGCAAAUAAUCUCCUUGAACAGCCAAAAAAGCAAGCAGAAGAAAAUUUCAAAUUUAUUUUUUAGGAAGUAAUCAGAAAAACAUUUUGGCUUUCAUUCUUUUUUUAUUUUUGUCAAAUGUGGUAAAUUAAUAAUUGAUUAAAUACUAAAGUAAAAUUUUGUUGUUAGUGUGUUUGUACCUGCAUUGUAGUAUGUGCUAUUAAACAAAAGGAAAAAAAUUCUAAAUAAGGUAAACUGUACUCCUUUUUAUGCUUUUCCCUUUAUUUACACUUUCCCGCUUUUUACACUUUUUUACUUUGUCCCCAUGAAAAGUGCAAAUAAGGGGUUUUGCUGUAUAUGCUGGGCACAAAAGUCUCUGUCAAUGAAGUGCACAGUUACUCCUAAGUAGUCAUCAUUGGCUGUUGAGGUCCACAAAUCCAUUGUAACCGAGACAAACUCUGCUUCACUUAGUGUUUUUUGUACAGAUGACACAGUUUCAGCAUACAUGCUGGGAAUAACUUUAUUAGCAAAAUAUUUCCGUGAUGGCAUGGCGUACCUAGGUUCGAGAUGAUCCACUAGAGCAUUGAAACCUUUAUCUUCGACCACUGAAAAAGGCUGUCUGUCCAAACAAAUCAUCUUGCCAAUUAACUUGGUAAUAUUUGCACUUCUUGUAUCUCCUGGCUUAAAUUUCUCUCUUUUUGCAAUGAAAUCUUUAAGUGUUGGUUGAGUUUGAUGUACAAUGCUUUUGCUAUAUCCUGGUUGACUCUCUUUACUAGACGAGUCAGUUUCAGUUUCAACUAAUUUUAGUUCAGCCACAUUUUCACCAAUGAUUUCAUUAGAACUACUCACAGAACGUGAUGCAGCCCUAACGUGGACUGGAUGUUUCUUCAAGUGUUUCUUCAUAGCACUAGUUGUUUGGCUCUUGUCACCACGAGAAAUGUUUUGUUUGCAGUAUUUACAAACGGCAUAGUUAGGGUCUUUCGCAUAAACUGAAAAGUGUUCCCACACUUCACUUGACAUUUUGAACUUGAUAUCGGUAAAAGUAUAUUACUUGAACUUAAAUAUCAUAUAUAAUGUUUCAACACCACACUGCCUAGAAUACAUUAUUUCAGUCACGGAAACAGAAAUUAUAAUCCGGCGGAACAAUUUUAGUGCUACCAACAUAACUGUUAUUAACAGUCACAGAAGUAGUCAACCAAAGUAGGCCAUCUUGGUUUUAGCCAUUUUUAGGAAAUAAGAAUGUUUCGUCGUAUAACUUUUAACAUUUAGGCUCACUUAAGCAAAGAAAAUAAUUAGUUGUAAUUUCAGAACUAAAGUGGAUGGGCACUGCGUAUAUUUUAUCUUGGAAAUUUAAAAUGCUUGAUAUGAAGAUUCGUAAUUUUUUGCUGCUGAGAAUAACUGGCUAACAUACAUAUGUUGGCCAUUAUGCAACACUCAGCAAAUAUUUUAAUGUUGGUAGUAUAACAAAAACAAACACGGACGUAGAAAGAUAAUUAUAUUCAUUUCGGAAAACGUGUUUGAUAUAAGCAAAUUUAAAAUUGAAUUGCUAUUAAAAUAAAUACUGCAUAACGUAUGUUUUUUAUAGAGAAAGUUAAUUUCGUUGUUAAUACUGAAUGUGCUGCCGUAACUUGUGAUGGAGGCCAAAAUUAUGGUUAUAUUACCAACGAAUUUCUAGGUUAACUGAUUUUAAAAGUCGAGAAUCAUUAUAUGAGUUUCGAUCCGAAACGUGUUUUAUUUUAAGUCUUAGCUUAUUCAGAUGACACUUCUGUGAAUUAUGCCUUAAUAAAUUUCCACUUUUAUGAAGCCACUGUGCAAAAAUGUUCAUUUAGUGAACAUAGGUUUCACAUCAGUGCAUAGUAAUUUUAGUUACUUAAUUACUUAUUAAAAGUACAGAAUCUUGGGAAACGGUAAAAUUAUAUGUGCCUUGUUAUCUUAGGCAUGAAUUUUUAAAUUUACAACAUUUCCUGGAAUAUUUCUUCGAAUCCUCGAAUCCUUUUCCUCGAAUCUCAAAUCUUUCGAAUACUAGAGAUUCGGUGGGAUUCGUGGAUUCGAGGAUUCGACCGGCCCAUCCCUAAUGUUUACCCAUCCCUUUGCUGGAGGGAGAAGAGGUGCCAAGCUACUCUCUGUGAGUUCCAUUUAUAAAAAUGCAGUUUACCCCGAGGCUGGAGGAAUAUAAAAGGUGCUCUUAUAAACACCAGUGAUGGCUGCAGUUUUGUCGUGAUAUGUUCAGUUAAAAGUGUGGGAAAUCUCAUUCAAAAACAAAAAUGAUUGAGCAUAGUUGCAACAAAAACAACUUUGAAGAUGGACACAUUUAUUGUGUGGGUGUCAGUUCACGUGACAUUUACGAAGAGAGGGAUGGAAAACCAUAAACACUGCCAUAUGGCCUCGUGUGCACACGCACACACACACACACACACACACAAACUCUAACACAUAAUUUAACAAGAAAAAAAUUAUUUAUGAAUUGUUUUUUUGUGAUGGAAAUUAACAGUUUCACCCUAAAAUUGGUGAAUCAUAGCAGUACCCAGCACCAAGUUGUGUCGUCGCUUCCGGGACCUGUUCGCGACAGCUAACUGAUUCGUUCACUUUACACCCACAAAAAAAAGGUCAACGCAACCCGGAUGACUCCUGAAAUUACCGAUGCAGCCGCAACCCGUUCACGUAACGUCACUCCACGUCUCCCUUCGAGGAAAAAGGGACUAAUAACAAAGAAGAAUGAAAAAACGAGAUGCUAAUACCACCACUAAUGUAGCGCAACAUUGAUUGUUCCUUCAUCCUGUGGAGCGCCAGUAAUUAUUCAGUAAUAUUCCAUAAUUCUAUGUUUACUAUGCAAGACAUUUUUAAUGUCUUCAAAUUGCUUCUUCCAGAAUUCGAGCCGCACCAACACGCUCGUUCCGCAGACGUCUGCGUGCCUUCUAAUCACAACUGUAACUGAACCAACCCGCCGCAAUUAUCACUACGUUCGUGACUGAUAUGGCCCAGGCGACCAAAACAUUCCGUGUCGACGGAAGUUAACAAUUUCACCCAAAAAUUGGUGAAUCAUAGCAGCGCCCAGCACCGAGUUGUGUCUAGACGGUAGUCUUAAGUUUGACGAACUUUUGUUGGAUACUUAUAAGCUUGGAGAAAGUUUUGUCCACAUCCAAACUACAGCAUUGCGCAAAAAAAAAUACUGUGACAUUUCCAAGUUUCAAGCACAAACAAUAAAUGUGAAACAUAUAUACAAAUGGUCUUUAUAAAGUCAUUAAACAUGCAUGUUUACAUAUAAAUUUGAUAGCCUUUACUCAAAAUUUUCAAGGUAUCGCUAGUAAUAGUUUGCAAUCAUGUAUUUUGAUCUCAGACUACAUUAAUUUUACUAUGAUGCCAUUUAUUUUGAUUGACAUGUACAGUCAAUAAAUAAUCCAACAUGGAACUUAUUUACAAUAAUACUGGAGAUUACCGGCUUUUGUGGAUUAAUAGAGAUUAAGUUAGAAGAGUUAUUCAAAAAUAGCAGAAUAAUUUAAUCACUUGUAAUGAAGUUUAAAUUAAUAAUUUUUGUGUUGGUAAGAUGGUCAAAACAGAAGUUUUAUCAAGAAUAUAUUUGUGAUUUCUGCAUUGUUCGUAUAGACUGGUUACGUAGGUAGGGCUUAUACGUUAAUAUCAAACAAAAUAUAUUAAACGAAAAACCUGACCGCACAUGUUCAAUUGCCUGGGGGGAGGCCUAAUCAAACUGAUUAUUAUGAUAAUGCAGUAAUUGCAAUAUAUAAACUAGUGUUGGGCCGAUUCCUAAAAUAUACCGAUUCCAUUUUCGAUUCUUAAAUUGAAGGGUCGAUUCUUCGAAUCUGAUUCUGAUUCCUUAAUUUUUAUCUGACAAUGUUCAACAGAGUAAUAUACUAAGAAAAAAAAGGUUGUGUAGGAUUUUAUAAAUGUAAUUGUGUUGUGUUACAUUUUCUGUGCAGAAAUUAACAUUAUAUACAGCUUACAUAAUGUUAAAAAGUAUGUUCAUUACCAUCAAGUUAUGCUACCUUGAAUUUCUAGCACAAUUUGGCCUUUUAACCUUGCACAUGGUUAGACAAAACACGUGUUCAAACACUGCAAAUAAUCAAAGAUGUCUUAUGACGUAAAUUGUAAAAAUGUUAUAACUUAACCAACUUUAGAUACCUUACAUUAUCAACUCAAUUAAUUAAUUGUAAAACAAGAGGUUUGUACGGUUAGGUUAAGAAUUUUAUUUUCAAGCACAACUAAAUAAUGAUCCAAAUAAAAUGACAAUAUAACCUCGUUUAUACAUAUUUCAAGGGAUCAGGACGGAAAAAAAUAAAAAGAGGGAAAUGUAAAAAUAAAACUUUAUUAUCUCAUUAUGAUGGAAAUGACAAGAAACAAAUAUGCACCUAAUUAAAAUAAAAUGUCAGAGAUGCUUACGUUUUAAUAUAUUACCUAUAAAUUAAUUAUUUCACUUGGUGCAAAGAAUAAAUCCAUCCAGCCUUGUAGUUCUUCACAACCGCAAAGAAAAAAUAAGUUUUCGGUUCUUGGUUAAGAAAGUUCUGUGCAUGUUUUAGCAUCUCAAAAUUUCCACAUUUUAUGGUGAGAUUUUCUUACACAAAAUAUUUAAACUCUUCAAAUAAUCGCGUGUUAACAUUUAAUUCAUUUCAGAAAUUUAUCGGAAACAAUUCUGUUAAACUAACACAAAUACUUUCAAAAGAUUGUUUAUGUUUGGUAAUAAAAAUUUACGAACGUUUCAGCAGCAAUGUUUGGAAAUUCAGAUUAGCCAACUGCCUUUCCAAAAUAUAUCUAAUGUAAAACGAGCAUCGCUGAACACGCACAAGAACGCCAAUUUAUAGCAAUUUGGUUAUGUUGCUUUUAAACUUAUUUUAAUAUAGUUGCAGAAAUCCACUGUGAAUUUGGGUAAAAUCUCAUUCAAAAAUUAUUUCAUUUUAAUUCUUUAAAGUUUAAAGUGCAGCGAUGUGAAACAUCUUAAUUUUCACGUCACCAAAGAUUUGGUUCAUGGCCGUAUGGUUUACCAUGGCAGGUAGCACAAACAAAAAAUUAGGUUGUUUACAAUGGCAAAUGUAGCUGCCAUGAUCAAAUAGUUAACAACGUUUACAUUAUUUUACUUGCCAUUUACAUUUACAUAAUUUUCUUUAAAAAUUUAUGGUUUUGUCUAAUUUAGGGAUGGGGCGAAUCCUGAUUUCCUCGAAUCCGAACUCAAAUCCUCGACUGGAAGUGCCGAAUCUCGAACCCAAACCCGAAUCUUUUAACAGAUGAUGACCACAUAUCUAAUGUAAGUGAGAUGUAUUCUGCUUGCACUAAAAGUCCCUUGACUUUCUCACAUGUUGUUUGGUACAUUUCUGGUAUAAGUGUAUAUAAAGACAAAAAUUUUUUCUUGAGAAAUUUCAGAUUUAGUACAGAUUAGCGGUUAGGAUUUUUUUCUAUAAAUAACUAGAGGUCUGCGAGCCUAAGAAUUUUACUUCGAGCCGAGCUCGAGCGAGCCUACUUGAAACAUCUCGAGCUUUGAGCGAGCUCGAGCUUGAACUUUAGUGGUACAGUUACACUUUUGGGAAAUUAUUUUUAUCUUAAACUUAGUAUAAUGUUUGAAUAAAGUAUUAAAAUGAAGUGGGCUUAUUAAUUUUGGGUAACUAUUUACAGAGUGUGUGUACAUUUUGCACUGCUAAAA